AACUGUAAAGAGUUAUCUUUUACUGAAUUUUAUUUACGGGUAAAAAGUAAACAUUCCUUUUAUCACAAGUUACAGAGCUGACGAGACAUGGACAAUAUUCUCCUAGCACUAGCUGGCACAUCUUUUUUUAAGUAUGCUGCAUAUAUGUAUAUGUCCAAACGAACUUACCAAUGUGUUGGGACAGUCUCUGAACUCUACCUCUAUCCCGUAAAGUCCUGCAAGGGGCUCAAAGUAAACAGUUUACGAUGUACCCGGCUCGGCGUGGAGUACGACGGCAUGUAUGACAGACACUGGGUUUUUGCCACAGAAAAAGACGGUCAGUGGAUUACACAGAGACAAGAGCCGCGCAUGGCUCUUAUAUCAAUUUCUUUACAUGGAGAUGAAAUACACUUUGAUGCACCAGGAAUGACAACGCUGAAGUUGCCAAAAGACCCGAAGAAAGACCAAUGUAAAGUUAAAAAAGUUCAGGUUAAGAUGGAUAUUAUAGAAUCUCUGGAUUGUGGAACCGAGGCUGCAGCAUGGAUUAGUAAAUUUCUGGGCAGAAAGAUGUGUCUCCACUACUCACCCAGUGAUAUGGAGAAACGUGAUGCUGUCAAUGCUCAAAAGCUCUGGAGCCAUGAUGCUAAAAAGGGGGAUCUGUUUGCAUUUUCUGACUAUUGCGCUUACAUGAUGUUAUCUCAGUCUGGUCUGGAUGAACUAAAUAAUCGUCUCGCCGAACCAGUCACGUGCCUUAACUUCAGGUCUAACAUCAUUGUUAAAGGAUGUCCACCAUAUGACGAGGACGAAUGGGACGUUAUAAAGAUACGAGAUGCUAAAUUCAGAAAUAUAGAUGCAUGUACAAGAUGUAUUCUGACGACAGUGGAUCCAUUCAAAGGAGAAAAGUCGAAAGACGAAGAACCGUUAAAGACCUUGCAAACGUACCGAGCCUUUGAACCUUACCCUCCAAGUAAACCCUUGUUUGGAAUCCAUCUUGCCAAUGACGUAGAGGAUGUCAUCCAUGUUGGAGACCCGAUCUACGCCAUACGAAAAUAGACUUUAAUACACAAGUUGUCUAUUAGAUAGGGUUAUAAAGUAGUUUCAGUACA